GCAGUCUGAUUCAUGAAUAAAAAUCCGAGCGCAACUGUACAACAAACAAUAGUUCAUAAAAAAAGCGAAGAUGUAGACAAAUGUUUACAAAGACAUCUGUUGCUAUGUGUAUUUCAAACAGUGUUUGCAAAGAUUUCUGAUAAUUGCAUAUAUAUAUACUAGCGCGGAACGGUGAAAGGUUGAACGGCACUAGCAUCUCAGCGACGACUCAGUGAAUUGCCGUGAGCAAGAAUUUGAUCAGAUUCAGAACUAAACCUGGACCAGAUCGUGCACAACAUUCAACCAACCUGCAAAAGAUUAAGAAUGCCUAACAAAGCGACGCUAGCAUUUAUGGUUGUGUAUGGGAUCAUAAUGCAUUGCAGUGUCUACGGUUCACCGACUGGAGUGAAAUAUCCCGAAUUUAGGGUUGAAGAUGAAGCGUAUGAUGAAGAGGGAAACUCACUAACGGGUCUGACUUACCAAACUGAUCUAAAUGGCAUCCGAAUUCCUUCAUCGGUCAUUGAUGAUGUAAACACGUUAUACUAUCCACCGGAGAAGAGAACAGAAAGGCACGCUGAGGGGAUAUUUAAUAAACGCCUAAGGGCAUUGUUGGCACAGGAAAUAACAAGAGAAUUCGUUCACUCUCUCAUCCCUACAAAGCGCGAUGGUGGCAGCAGUGUUGAGAAGGAUACAGAGCCUCUGUCAAAGCGACAUUCCGAUGGCAUCUUUACCGACAGCUACAGCCGUUACAGGAAACAGAUGGCUGUCAAGAAAUACUUGGCAGCCGUCCUGGGGAAAAGCCCGGAAGAUAUUAAUAUUGCCCACAUUAUCGACGAAAUAGGCAUUGAUGUUCUGCUUAGGCUGCUGGAAGGGGAUUAUGAUAUUGGUUUGGGAGUAUUGCUGCAGCAGAUCUCCUUGUCGGCAAAUUGACCGAGGAUGCAGCUUGCAGCUUUGGUGCCUUGAUUCGUCAUUUAAAUCGACAUGAAUUACAGAGGGUUUCUUUUCUUUCCUUGUUUUAUUUUUUAAAAAGCGGCCCUACAUUGCUGCAACACAUCAGCUUACAUUUGAGCAUUUUUACAGUUCGCGGAUCUCGUGUGGUUUAUCGUUGCGCGUUGUGAAGUCGGUGAUUUGUGUAUUGCGCUCAGUGUGGCGUGCAGCCUUGUGCUCAGAUUCCUAUCUAUUCUAGACGUUCUCAUCAAACGCUGUGUUUUGUUAAUGUACGCGUGACCAAGAGAGCUUGUGUAAACCAUAGGGACACCAGAUGCCUUACUAAACUUUACAAACUACAGACAUUUGAUCGAUCUUGAUUAAACAGUAACAGAAACUGCA